AUGUCCAAUCAAGUGUUAGAACCAGUGGACUGUCUCAACUUUGAAGAAGGCCAGAGAAACGAAAGCAACACAUUGGAAAAAGGAGGAGGAGGGGUAACGAAGGGAGAUGAGUCGGGUAAAGAAUCUCAACCGUAUGUUAAUAAAAGCUUCAACCUAGUAUUUUGUCUGUUCGACAAUGGAAAUCAUAUCUACCUCCUCAUUUACGAAUCGGACAGUGAUAACAGAAAGAAGUAUGCUAAGAAUAAACUCCUGCGAAAAAAAAACGAGUGCAACAAUAUUGAUUAUUUCUUUAGGGAGUUAUAUGAGAAGGUACAUCAGAGUAGCUCGAAGGAUGGGGCCUUUUCAAUUUUGAAGGCUCUCUUUUGUAAUGGGGUUGGUGCAUCGAUGGGGGACUCCUCCGUGGGUCUGUCCAGUGGGAUCAUCCCCCAGAGUGGAAUGAGCGGCAUCGGAUCGAGUGACUUGGCUGUGUCGGUGGGGUCGAUGUGGUCCAUGAGCGGAACGAGUAACCGCAGCGGAAGCAACAGCAGGGCCAGUGGUCACAGGGCGCACCCCAGCCCAAGCGUUAACACAGCCGUGAAUGGAAGCGUGAAUGGAAACAGUGCGGACGUUGCCUCGGCCACUAUAAGCGGAAUUAGUAGCAUGGGUACUGUCGCUGGCCCCAUCGGCGGCAUCGGUCCCAACGAACAGAGCUGCUUCAAGAUGAGCGAAAUGCUCCUCAACAAAAAUGUUCUAAAAAAUAUACUUCAAAAUUUUAGCGCAUUUAACAUCACCAAGAAUUUGAAUUUGAAAUUGACCAACGUCAUUGAACUGACUUACUACGACUACCUCUUUAUAAAGAGGCACAAGUUUUUUUACUCGAGGAGGGGCGUGAAGAUUUACGACGUGUGCAAUAAUUUGUAUGGCGAGGGGGAACCCGCGGAAGAGGACCUGGGGGGUAGUGCCGUUGGUGGAAGUGGCAUUGGUGGAAACGUUGUCGGAGGGAAGAGCGUCAUUGGCGGGCGGGCGAACAGGAAUGCUCACCAAUUAACGCACAAGCUAAAAGAAAUCAUCACAAAAUUGUACUCUGGCAAAGGCACCAAUAAUACCUUAUACAAUUUUAGGGGCAUGGUAGCUAGCGAAAGUAACCACUCUGCAAUUGGCGACGUCAGUAGGGUUAGUGCAUACGUUAAGGAUGAAAAGGCCAAGUUAGGAGGAGUAGUGACACCGGUGGGAAGUUUAGACGUUGCGGGUGGAAGCCGUGGCGGCAUUACCGAUUACCGGCAUGUAAACCCCUUCCUGUGGGGAUCGGAGAACAGCACCUUUGCAGGGAACCUGAGUGGAACGACCAAGAUAGCCUACGACUUCGCCAAAAAUGGAAUCCUUCUGAGCAAAGGGUUUAAGGAAAAAUGUUUGAAUAAACUAAUAACGAAAAAAAACGACAGGAGAGACCACAAAGAUGCUCAAAGGAGUAGAAAUAAAAAGGACCAGAAGAAUUGUGUAGGUGAUUGUGCUAAACCCUGCAACACAGGGAAUGGAAAACAAGUACCCUCAGGAAAAAUUGCCAUGAACAAUGAAUGUGGUGAAUAUAGCAACUUGGAUGUGGUCCCAGAUCAGAGCAAAGAGAACGUCGUGAACUGCAUCAUAAAGGAGUUCCUUCUCAACCGAUGUGAAGAUAACGCCAUGGGGGAUGUGGUGAAGGAAAUAAUUAGAAGGUACAACUCUUUUGGGGGGAACACGAGAAGCGCGUCGAGGGGAAAGAGUCACCCCGCAGACAUGGUUGUGCAUCCGGCCAACAGCUUCAGUGCAUACGACGUGUAUAAAUUGUUUCUUCUGGAUAAUGACACGAGGAGCAGAGGCAUCACCAACCAGAGUAGUGCUUCGGUUGACAGCUCUAUCGGCAGCUUGAUGAGUAGUGGGGAAGGUGCCUCCCCCCCUGGCGCAGCCAACGAACCACAGGUGGCACCCCUCUUCAAAAAUAAAGAAGAGAAAAAAAAGUACCUGAACAACGCCCUCUUCGAUAAAGCCGCCUUAACCAAUUUUCGAAGCUUCGUGCUAAAAAAAAGACAGAUGGAAUUUUUUUACAAAAACUGGAACGGGCUUGCAAAUUGCAUAGAGAGGGAAAAUAAUUUAGUGGAGGUCGCGAACAUUUUGUCCUUCCACCUGAACAGGAGUGACUUCGCCAAACAGGUGAAGUGGCGCAGUGUCGAGGAGGUCGAGACCAAGGUGAACUUGAGCACAAAUGGACUCAGCGGAGUGAAGGUUAAGGCAGAAGAAAAUAAAGCAGCUUCCUCCCCUGCGUUGCCCAGAAACUGCACCAAAAAUGGAAACCACACGAACGUGGGCAAUUCUAAACACGCUAUUGCAGAGGGGGCAAAUUCAACCAUGUGUAAAAGUGAGGCCGCAAGUGGGCCACUAAUCACUUCAGAAGAAGGUCAUUCCCAACCUGGCGAGGGAGACAAAAAUAAUGAAAAGGACGACAAAGACGCAAAUGGUAUUGUCCUCACCAGUGGUGAUAAUAAGUGCAGCUUUAGCGGACGUAACAGCAUUUUCCCCUCUGUUGUGAAGGACCAGAAAUGUGAAGAAGUUGCCAAGUGCACAAAAAUUUCAAGCAAUAGCAGAAACGUUGGCUCGAAAAAUCAGCUAGUAAAGGAAGAAAAAAAAAUCAACCCCGAUCUGUCCACUCAUGACAAAAAUGAUCAUAAAGGGGACGGCCAAGAAGAAGGUCAAAAGGAAGGUCACGUAGAAGGGCAAAAGGAAAGCCAAAUAGAAGGACAAAACCAUCGUAAUGGAAAUCGUAAUCGCGAUCGGGAGCAGCAGCAAGAGAACGAUGGCGAAACCUUUGACGAGCUCAUCAACCACAACUAUGACAAAAUGAAAGAUCUUUAUAAUAACCUAAAUGAAGAAAUAGUAAAGAAAAAACUGCUACUCAUGAGCAAAAUUAUGGAUGAAAACCACUUUUACAACGUUGCUGAUAUGCCCCUGUAUGUAAAUUUCGUCUUCUACAAGUAUACUUGCGUUAACACUUGGAACAACUUGGUUCAUAGUUUAAGGGAGAGCUUCAUAAGGGAGGAGACCUACUUUUUCAGUACAAACGAGGUAAUGAACAAGGGAGUGGGUGCAGAAAAUGGCCUAGAUCAGGUGUUUUCUCUCACUCCCAUGUCGACAACCUUGCCAACGGAAGCAGCAUUGCCCGAGGAACAGAAGCAUGCUUGCGAUGGUUACGGGGGAGAGAAGGAUCGUAAUGAUGACAAAGGAAAAGCGGCCACCGUUGAAGAGACAGUGACAAUACAGUGUAGUAAUAAUAACCCUAUAGGGAAGGAGAACGGCCCCGAGGAAGGAACCAAAAUGGAAGACCAAAGAAGUGAAACAGUUCCUCCCUCAGGCGUAGGCCAAUCCACGUCAUCUGCCCCACCUAUUGCGACAGACCCAAAGAACAGCACUCCCAGCUGUAACCAAAAGAAAAAUGCGAAAAAUGCAAAAAAUAGUAAAAAUGAAGAGAAGGAAAAGGCAAAUAAUUUUACGUGUAGUGUGUGCUUCAACAACGAAUUGAACAACAUUAACAUUUUGUACAAAUGUGUUGGAUGCUCCAUUUACAUUCACAAGUACUGCUACGGAAUAUACCAGAAAGGAAGGAGCGAUGAAUUUCUGUGCGAGAAGUGUGCAUUUAGCAAAUACUUCAACAAGAAGCGACAUCAGGGUGAAGAUCCCAGUAAGAGCAACAGCCACUCGAAAAAGAAAAAGAAAAGCAGCAGCAGUGGAGGAGGAGGGGGAGUAGCGGCAUUGGCAGGGACUGAUGAUGCGGCAGCGGUAGCAGUAGCGGCGACGAGUAGUGGGCACGUCCAUGACUGCAACAUGAAGGACCCAUGCGAUAAUAACCCAAGCAAGAGCGUGCUGGAUAUAUUGAAAGGAUUUGAAAGUUGCUGCUACAUAUGCAAAAAAGAUGGAGGUGCCUUGAAGAAAACCACGACAAACCAGUUUGUUCACAUUUUUUGUGUUUUAUUUUUUAUCUCCAAAGUAUUUUGUUUAAAUAUUUACAAUUUGAACCUAUGGGAUGUUAGCAAUUUGAGAUCCUUCGAGAAUGUCUGCUGUAUUUGCAAUAAAAGUGGAGCCGUCAUAAGUUGUGCCUACUGCAAAGAAGGCGCUCAAGAGGAAUACAUGCAGAGUAGAGAAAACGCAUACACAACAAACCAUGCGAAGAAAGAGAAGAAGUGCAAUAAGUGGUUUCACCCCCUGUGUGCAUAUUUGGAAGGGUACCAUAUGAAUGUUGAAAUUUACGAAGAUUUGUUUGUAAUGACUUAUUUUUACGAUAACUGCUUCUCGUGCUUCCACGUGAUCACACACUGCAAUGACCACAUCCCUCCGGGUAGCUACCAAAAUAGGGAAGCCGUGAAAUUGAAGAGGAGUAAGUCCUACCUGAGUAGCAGCAGCCAUGGUUGCAGCGUCGGAAACGUUGGUGGCAAUAACUACGGUUCCGCGUUCCCCAAGUCGAGCGACAAGGACGCACAAAACAAGGAAAAAAACAACUGCCAAAGUAGUAAAAUCGCGACGAGCGCCCCAUGUUCACACAACCAGCAGAAUGGCAGUAACAGCUCGCCACCUCUUCAAAACUGCGUGAACGCCAUUCUUGUAAAAGAGGAAACCAACAACGAAAUUUGCCCGACUUAUCCGAUAGAAGAAGCCUCCAUGUUAUAG